GUAAACAAACGUCCAUCACAAAGGUUCCCCGUAAUGUUUGCUACUAAUUUCCAUCGUGCAUCUUUUCAAGCAAGAACACGAUAUGCGGCGAUUUCAUGGCGACAGUCAGUAAUACAAAGCAAACAGCGACCUACCAAUGAGAGAUAUAUCAAUUUCAUAGCAGGGAUUCCAGGAGGAAAAUGGAGAUGCUCUACUUUCAUUUUCCGAAUACAACAUGCAGGUCAAAGUUUAACAUCCAGUUCCCGUGAGAACGUGUAAACAGAAUUGUGAAAGACAUAAUGUAAUUCCUUUUUCUCAUGCUUCAAGAAGAUAUUACAAACAAAAUCACGUUGGUGUAUUGAACUAUAGCAACAAAUCGUCGAGAUGGACAUUAGCAGUAGGCCUCAUAGGCAGCCUAGUGUGUCUUGGUAUGGGUUGGUACAAAUUGAAAACAGAAGUGCACAGUUGUGAUAGCCAGCAAAAAUGUCAUCAAGACGCCAUAAUCCCAGGAGAUGAAAAGGAACGUAAGUCCUUAACACUGCAGGAAGCCAUCGACAGAUCAAGAGAUCUAGCAAUGAGAAUCAAGGAUGAAUCAGGAAGUCCCGGUCUGGUAAUCUCGGUCAGUGUUAACGGGAAGGAAGUCUGGAGUGAAGGUCUUGGUUACGCUGACGUUGAGAAUCGUGUUCCUUGCUCUGCUGACACUGUCCUGAGAAUCGCCAGCAUCAGUAAAUCUAUCACCAUGGUAGCAGUUGCUAAGCAACUAGAGGCUGGCACACUGGAUCUAGACAAACCAGUCCAACACUACAUACCUAAUUUUCCGGAGAAAACAGUUGACGGCAAGAAGGUAACCAUAACAACGAGACAUCUUGUGUCCCACCUUGGAGGGAUCCGUCACUACCACAAAAACACCAGCAAACCAAAGGAUGACACAGAGGCUUCAAAGACGAUGAUCAGCUCAGACAAGAAAACUGAGAAGGAGGCUGCAACUGCCAAGAAACCAGAGAUGACUUUAGAGGAAUACUUAAUAUCCGAUCAUUACAAAAGUGUGACUGACAGCAUGAACUUGUUCAAGGAUGACCCUUUAGUUCAUGAGCCAGGAUCCAAGUAUCUGUAUACAACAUUCGGCUUCACACUGUUGAGUGCUGUGCUCGAGGCCAUUGCCAAGACACCUUUUGAGAAAUUGAUGAAGGAAUAUUUCGUCGAGAUGGGUAUGGAUAACACCUACCUUGAUGAGAACACCCCACUCAUCUACAACAGGGGACGCCAUUACAUGAAGAACAAGAACGGACGUCUUAUCAACACUCCCUAUGUGGAUCUGUCCUACAAGUGGGCUGGUGGAGGUUUCCUUUCUACAACACGUGAUCUCAUCAAAUUUGGUCAUGUGAUGUUAUACAGUUUUCAGCAUGAGUCGGCUGCUUCAGAUAAUAAACAACAGGGUCAAAGUUCAAAGGACAUUUCAAACAAGAAGCAGAAGUCAAAGGUCAUUGCUUCAUCUCAUCAAGAAGACAGAAAGGGAAAAACAGCUGGAUUGCUGAAACGAGAGUCUGUACAGUUGCUAUGGGAACCUGUUGCCAAGACGAAAUGUGCUUGGGAUAAAUUUGGGUGUUAUGGGAUGGGCUGGGCUGUAACACCUGAGGGUGAAAACUUCAGGAAAUGUCACCACAGUGAUCACUUUGUGUCCCACACUGGUGGGGCUAUAGGUGGUAGUAGUGUUCUACUCAUCAAGCCAAAAAACUGUGACAUGGAACACAGCAGGGAACCCCAAGGUGUUGUUGUCGCAAUGAUUGCCAAUAUGACGGCUGUCAGUUUGUACAAAACAGCUGUUAAGGUGGCAGAGUUAUUUGAAGAAGCAGUAUCCUAAAAGUAAUAAAGUUUUAAAACGUUUAUUCGAUUCCUAUGCCUGCGUGCUUAGGCAAACAGACAGCAUCUAUAAUCAGUGUUCAAAACUUCUACAGAACAUGAGAAUGAGUUAGCAAACAUAAUCAGUGGUCAAAACUUCUAUGGAACACAAGAAUGAGUUAGCAUAUAUAAGCAAAGUGUUCCAACCUCCUUCAGAAAUCGAGAAUCACAAUGUAACAAAACUUACAUUUGUUGAACCCCACGACCUUGACUUACAGAGGUCGCAUAUAUUAAACUUGUUCGUAUUUUCUUAGCUUUCUGUUAUCUUGAAAUAUCGUUAUAUACAAUUGUAAACCUUUAGUCCUCUAUAUACUCCCUACACGUAUAUAUACAUAUAUAUAUCAAAAACCAACACAUAUAUAGCAAUUAGCUGCUCGACCGCUAGUACGGACGGAGACGGCGUUUAUUCAACAAUUGUAAGGAAAGUAGAAUGUACAUUAGAUACGUCUCAACGUUUCUCCUUCUCAUUCCCUCUCACAGGUUGUCACAUUAAAAUCCUCAAAAACCAAGCGUGCCACACAAACUGAAACCUUUUUAUAGGAGAACAGGUGUAUCAGCCCGACAAUGCUUAAGGUGUUUUUUUUAGCUGGGAUUUCUAACCAUUUAGCGACACCCAAACAUACCUCUAUAAAUGCAAUAUAUCUACAGUAUGCAAAAUUUCAAUUUUGCCGUACUACAUGUGCGAUGUUCUGAGCUCCCAACCUAUACCCGAUCUACACCUAACCCAUUGCCCUAUCUGAUUGGCUAUUGCCAAUGCACGAAACGGACAACCUGUCAACGUGUACUCUGUAUAUACAGGACAAAUAUUUCCCGCUAUUCUCCAAAACACAGGAAAAAGAUAUGAGCUAAUACAUACUUACAACUACAAUAUACAAUACAAAUUUUAACAAAAAAGUAAUUCUGGAAGACACUUAAGCUUCAUGUACAUGUGCACAUCUUAUCUUCAUUCAAUCAUUAUUUAUUGAAUCACAUCUGUAUAUUGUGAUUAUAUCCUGCCUAAUAACAUUUAUCCCCCUCACAACUUUUUACCUACAUUGUGUGUUAUACAUGUAUCAUGAUUUUACUCAUUUACAUGGGUUAUGAGGACCUGGACAGUGUGUAGCUCCUUUUUAUUUUAUCUCAAAUCUCUCCUAUCACUCACGGGUCACAGUAAAUAUUGAAUGUUAUUGAAAUAAACAAUAAAUACAUAUCAAGCAGCC